UCUCUCUCUUCUGUGGCGCACAGAGACGAACCCACAGUGUUUCCGCACAUGCGACGUUUCCGUGUGUUUCUUCUUCUGGAUCAGUUCUAUGAACUAGUGUGAACACCAACCUGCUGCUUCACGAGGCGGUACGUGGAUUAGAAACUGCGCUUUAAGCAGGUGUCGGGACGAUCGUCUCUGUAUUCGUAAUGGAGGCGUCCUCCGCCGUGGGCAGCCCUCCUCAGCUUUGUGCCUCCAGUCUGUGCCAUCCAUCUCACCAUGGGCUCCCUGCUGAGUGGGGCCAGUGAAGGGGCCAGGGCUCUGCAGCCUGCGCAGACCUCAUCACGUCAUAGAUGCCACUCGCUGUCUUUACCUCCGUGACCGACUGUCGGGGAAACAAUAAGGCGUAAAUUCCUCCCAUCUCGGAACAAAGGAGCCAUGCAUCUGCUGCUCUCCCUCGGUGUCUUUUGGCUGCUGCCCCUGGCCUUGGCGCUGGAAGAAGACUCGCCACUGGGCUGUGUUCCCCGCAAAACCGUGCCCCAUCACAAGGUCAACGCUCGCGUGUUUCACGAGAAAGGUGUGUUCAACUACUCCACCAUGUUGCUGAGAGAAGACCUGGCUCUGCUCAUGCUGGGUGCCAGGGAGGCGGUGUAUGCUCUUGACCUCAACGACAUCUCCAAGAAACUCGCCUCCGUGAAAUGGGGAGUGACACAACAGCAAAAAGCUGAGUGUGAGAACAAAGGAAAAGAUCCCGAGAGGGAGUGCAAGAACUAUAUCAGGACACUGCACAAGAUGGAGGACAACAGGAUGUAUGUAUGUGGAACCAAUGCUUUCGAUCCAGAGUGUGAUUACAUGUCCUAUGCAGAUGGAAAGCUGACUCUGGAGAACAAGGGAGAGGACGGCAAAGGGAAGUGUCCAUUCGAUCCUUUCCAGAGAUACGCCUCCAUCAUGGUUGAUAACGACCUUUACUCGGCCACUUCGAUAAACUUCCUGGGCUCCGAGCCGAUCCUGACGCGCAGCUCUCCUGUCUCCAUACGCACCGAGUUCAAGACUUCCUGGCUUAAUGAGCCCAGCUUUGUGUCCAUGGCUCAGAUGCCAGAGAGUGAAGAAAACGAGGAGGGCGACGACGACAAGGUUUACCUGUUCUUCAGCGAGAGAGCCGUGGAGUCCGACUGCCUCAACAAGCUGGUGGUCUCCCGCGUGGCCCGCGUCUGCAAGGGGGAUCUUGGAGGUCAGCGGACUUUGCAGAAGAAGUGGACAUCCUUCCUGAAGGCCAGAAUAGACUGUCCAGUGCUGGAGUCCCAGCUGCCGUACGUUAUCCAGGACACCUACCUCUGGUGUGACCCCCAGCGGCCCUGGAAGAACUGUCUGUUCUACGCCAUCUUCACACCACAGUCGCACACAUCGGACCUGUCUGCAGUGUGUGCGUACCGGGUGUCUGACAUCAGCAGAGAGUUUGCCGAGGGGAAGUACAAGACGCCAGUCACUGUAGAAACCUCUUUUGUUAAGUGGGUGAUGUAUAGCGGAGAUGUCCCCAGCCCUCGGCCCGGAGCUUGUAUAAACAAUGAGGCUCGUAAAGCAGGUAUAACUCAGACCCUGGACCUCCCAGACCAGACCCUUCAAUUUAUCAAAGAUAGGCCCCUCAUGGACCAGGCCAUCCAGCCAAUAGGAGAGAAGCCAGUGCUGGUGCGAAGGGGAGCAACAUUCACACGCAUCGUAGUCAACCAAAUGCAGGCCGCAGAUGGCGAGAAGUACCACGUGAUGUUUAUAGGCACAGAGGAGGGCACCAUGCUGAAAGCAGCGAACUACGAUGGAGAGAUGUUCAUCAUAGAGGAAACACAACUGUUCCAAACCCCAGAGCCAAUCAAGAUUCUGAAAUUCUCCAACGUCACGGGUCAGCUCUAUGCAGGUUCACACCACGGAGCAGCACAGAUACCACUGGCCAACUGUGAGAGAUCCUCCUCCUGUAUGGACUGCGUUCUAACAAGAGACCCAUACUGUGGCUGGGACAGAGCUGUUGGAAAAUGCGUCGCCCUUUCUAAUUCACAGAGAGAGCUAAUCCAAAGUGUGAAAGAAGGAGAUGCCUCUCUUUGCCCAGACGCUGAUCCUGUCAAACCGAUGAAUCGGUCCAUCUGGCCGGGCGGCAACCAGAAGCUCAGUUGCUCUUCGCCAUCCAACUUGGCAAAAACCCUUUGGGAGAGGGACCACCACCCUCUGACCCCCUCCGCCCAUUUUCAGAUACUGCAAGACGGACUGCUCAUCCUCAACGCUUCGGACAGCGACGGCGGCCGCUACCGCUGCCUGUCGGUGGAGCGCUCAAAAACCGAAGAUUACACAACCACUGUGGCUGAGUACCAGCUCACAGUCGGCCCAGCAGGCUCAGGGAAGGGAGGUCACACAUUGUUCCCACAGGCUCAGACGGACGGCCCCUCCGUGGCUGGACUGCAGGCCGUCGUAGGGCUCCUAGUCAUUUCCUUACUUGUCCUUUUGGCAUGGAACUUUUACAAAGGGCACCUACCUCUUCCCUGUAAGUGUGGGAAGAAAAGUAGCAAACAAGCCCAGGAGGCCCAUGAGGACGGGGUCGUGAACUCCACCGUGCAGCACCAAGAGGCACAGAGGCCCGCAGUGGCCGAGGAGAAGCCCCUGGUGUUGGGAAUAGACAACGGCAGCAGCCAUAACAACCACACCAGAGGGGAGGCGGUGUGCGGUGCCGUGGGGGAGGGGAGUGAUGCCCCGAGCGUUAACCUACCAACUCUGCAGUACAUCGACGACGAGUCGGAAAUUUGAAAAUGACAAGCAGAUUUACCGUCAGAGUACAGUUCAAGUUUCAAAGAUGAAUUGACAAGUCACAAAAUAUUUGUUUCUGGAUUAAUCAGUUCAGCUGGGAUGAGAGUUGAAAUGUCGACUUUCAUAACAAGUAAGUUGAAGUAUAAGUUCCUUCCACGUAGUCAACACCUGUUUUCACCAAAAGAUCCUAUAAGUUUGUUUUGUAAGAAUGAAAUGCUUGAAUUUCUGUCUUCCUUUUUGUUUUUAAUAGUCGUAUGUUAUUUUUUUCUUAAGUAUGUUUUUAGUUUCUUACUAAUUGUUGUAAAUUCUGUUAUAGAUUGAAAUAUCUUGUCAGAUUGUAUGGUUUUCACAGGGAAUGUACAAUAACUGAAAUUGAGCCAAUUCAUUUCUAACAAGUAGCUGCAAAGAUUUCAUUUUAUUGUAUUAAACCUUUUUCUACCUGA